AUGGUGACACAUGUGUUGACACAAUAUGAGCACCACGUGGCUCAGAUGCUAUGGGAAGGAGAGGAUCGUGGAUCGUUAAAAGUUAUUACUCAUGGAUUGAAGCUGAAGAAGUUUACCGAAAUUCCUAUGUCAGAUCCUGUAGAGCAUUGGAUUCGGGAAUUUGGGCUGCUACAUUUGUCUUCAGCCUACCUCACUAUGGCUGAUGCUGGUCUGAGAUUCACAUUUGUUGAAAGAUGGCACAGGGAGACCAGCUCAUUUCAUUUGUCAUUUGGAGAUAUGACUAUCACUUUAGACAACGUCACGAAUCUCCUUCACAUCUCAUCCCACGAUCGUUGUCGAGACUAUUUGUGGGGUACCGCGCCAUUGGUUUUCCUUUAUGACAAUUUGGGAGAUGGAGUUGUCCACGACACUCGACAGUUGGGAGGUUACAUGACCCUAUUACAGUGCUGGAUUUACGAGCACUUCCCUAAGAUAUGUAAGUGGGGCGAUAGAGGAGCGGUUCCUGCACAUCUUCCAAGAGCAUGUAGGUGGACUGAAGAACAUGUUGUUGAAGGCAGAUUGAUGACAUAUCGUCGGAGACUUGAUGCUUUAUUGCUCGAGGAUGUAGUGUUUACACCAUAUGAUGAUGAUCGAGCUAAUCAUCUGUUUGUAUCAAUUUCGAUUUUUUCUGGAUAUCUUCAAUGUGGUGGAGUCUUAGUCCCAUAUUUGUCGGAGCGAUGUCUUCGACAAUUUGGUCGUAUUCAAUGCAUUCCACAUGAUGUUCCUCUGAUGCCGAAUAGUAUAGAUUGGAUGUGGUAG